AUGCCUGAUCCAACCCCACCUCCUCUCCCACCUGCCCCAAAGCCCGCCUCAAAGGCCAUAAACUUGAAAGUAUCUGCGCCACCAUCUCAAUCAAAGCAUAAUCGCACUACGAAUGCCCUAUUACCACCUGACCAACCCUUUAGUCCAUGCUACAUGUUCCUGUACGGCUCACUCAUGGACCCGGAAGUCCUACAAGCGGUCCUGAACCUCCCAGAGCUUCCCACCACACGACCUGCAACAAUUUCCGGCUUCAAAGUCAGAAUGUGGAGUAUAUAUCCAGCGCUCAUACUUGGCGAUGACGAUGAGAAAGUGUCAGGCGUGGUGUGGAAAGUGGAGGAGGAAAACCACUUCAAGCGUUUGCAGGAGUACGAAACUGGUGCUUACAUCUGGACUUGGUGCGAGGCGACUUUGGAUGACGAUAAGAAAGUCCGCGAGAAGUGUCGGACAUUUUGUUGGGCUGGUGACCCGCAUAGUAAAGAGCUGGAAGAUGGGAGUUUUGAUCUGGCGCGGUAUCAGAGGGUACUGAAGCCGUCCAUUGUCAGGAAGCGACCUGCGGUGCCAUGA